CUGCUUGGGACUGAACUCUCGCUGAAUACAUGGUGCAACAUUAGGACCCAGCAGAGACUACAAUGAUUUGGGCAGUAGGUAAAGCUCUGACAUUCCUUUCAUUCCAGUGUGAAUGGGGCUGAUUGUUGUGUCCUGGAUCUGAGUUUUUCCUCUGCAUCUCGAUCCGUUUUCUACACAUCAUGUCAAGCAGCACGUUUGCACGGUAGUCGCUUUAUGCUGUUUUUUUGGUGGAGACAAAACUAGCCAUGGUAGCCUCAUGUGGAUUGCAAAGUUUCUGCCGGGAACUUCUGAGCAAGAAGUGAAAGGCCCCCUCUCUGCUUGUUACAACCCCAGUAGCCCUGUUCAGAUACUGGAAGACAUUGGCUUUCUUUAUCAGGACCAUCAACUGUUUGCCAGCAAGCUUGAUGUUUCCUCGUUAACAGCAGAGGCAGUCAGUGGUGCUAAAAAUAAAGCUGUUGAGGAUCCUCUUUGCAACUUCCACCCUCCAAACUUCCUUGGGAUCUCAGAGGUGGAAAUGAGAGGUUCAGAGGAUGUUGCAGCUGGAACAGUAUUACAGCGAUUGAUCCAGGAGCAGCUGAGGUAUGGCAAUCCAAAUGAGAACAUGAAUCUGCUGGCAAUUCAGCACCAGGCCACAGGGAGCGCAGGACCAUCCAACAGCACUACAAGCACACUUUCUUCCACAGAAAACCUCACACAAGAAGACCCACAAAUGCUCCAGCAGUCAGCACGCCAGGAACCUCAGGGGCAAGAACAUCAGGUGGACAAUACUGUGAUGGAGAAACAGUCCAGGGCCAUCCAGCCUCAUCAGAACAAUGAAGAACUACCAACUUAUGAGGAGGCGAAGGCCCAGUCCCAGUUUUUUAGGGGCCAGCAGCCAGGUGCUGUUGGCCCAAGUUUUUACAUUGCUGGAGUAUCCAAUCAGAAAUCGAGAACGGAAGGGAGACCAACUGUGAAUCGGGCCAACAGUGGGCAGGCUCAUAAAGAUGAAGCACUUAAAGAACUUAAGCAGGGUCAUGUCCGAUCUCUAAGCGAGAGGAUAAUGCAGCUGUCCUUGGAGAGAAAUGGUGCUAAGCAACACCCUCCUACCUCAGGGAGUAACAAAGGCUUCAAAACUGUAGGACCCCCACCUACUCAGCCUUCUGGCAAAGGAAUGGAUCCCAGAGGUCCCCCGCCUGAGUACCCCUUCAAAGCCAAGCAGGUGGUGUCACCAGUCAGCAAGACUCAGGAACACGGGUUGUUUUAUAAUGACCAGCACUCGGGGAUGAUGCAGAUGCUCAAACCCUCCUACCCUGCUCCGCUGCCAGCAAGAACGGAAGGAGCAGUUGUCAGAUACCAGCCUCCCCCAGAAUAUGGUGUGACAAGCCGACAAUGUCAACCUGCUUUUCCAUCGGUGCCGGUACAGCAGCACAGUCCGAUGUCCUCCCAGGCCUCCUCCAUUACUGGCCCGCUGCACUCAGCAACCUUGCCAUCGCUCCCAUCACCUGUAACUGCCCAGCCUCCAUCUACGACUCUACCAAGCCAGCAGCUCACACCUGAUGCAUAUGCCAUUGUGGAGCGAGCGCAGCAAAUGGUGGAGAUGCUUUCGGAGGAGAAUCAUGUUCUGCGGCAGGAGCUGGAGGGAUACUAUGACAAGGCAGACAAACUUCAGAAGUUUGAAAUAGAAAUUCAGAGGAUUUCAGAAGCCUAUGAGGGCCUGGUCAAGACCACCACUAAGAGAGAGUCUCUGGACAAGGCCAUGAGAAACAAGCUUGAAGGAGAAAUUAGGAGACUUCAUGAUUUCAACAGGGAUCUCCGUGACCGACUGGAGACUGCCAAUAGGCAGCUAGCCAGCAGAGAAUUUGAUGGGCAUGAAGAUAAGGCAACAGAGGGCUUUUAUGCCUCUCAGAACAAAGAGCACUUGAAGGAGAGGGAGAAGCUGGAAAUGGAAUUGGCAGCCGUGCACUCUGCCAGUGAGGAUCAGCGGAGACACAUCGAAAUCCUGGACCAGGCACUGAACAAUGCUCAAGCCAAGAUCAUCAAACUGGAAGAGGAGAGACAGGGGAACUACCAGGCUGAAAGCCUGCCAGAACACAAUGCCCCAGCACUGAUGGAGCUAGUGCGGGAAAAGGAGGAGAGGAUUCUGGCUCUAGAAGCUGACAUGACCAAGUGGGAGCAGAAGUAUCUAGAGGAGAGCACAAUCAGGCACUUUGCCAUGAAUGCAGCAGCCACAGCUGCAACAGAAAGGGUCACCUCAGUCAUUAACCACUCUCGGAAUGGCAGCUACAACGAGAACUCCCUGGAGGUUCGAAUAUGGCAGGAAGAGGAGGAGAUUGUUCAAGCCAACCGGAGGUGUCAGGACAUGGAAUACACGAUAAAGAAUCUGCAUGCGAAAAUAAUUGAGAAAGAUGCCAUGAUCAAGGUCCUUCAGCAGCGUUUGCGGAAGGAUGCUGGGAAAACAGACAACACAAGUUUACGGCCUGCUCGAUCUGUCCCAUCCAUCGCUGCAGCAAUGGGUGCACAUUCCCGCCAGACCUCUCUCACCGGCAAUCAGAUAGCUGAAGAAAAGAAGGAGGAGAAGACCUGGAAAGGAAGCAUAGGGUUGCUGUUAGGGAAGGAUCAUCACGACCAUUCAUCAAUCCCUGCACUGCCUCCCCUACCUCCCUCUUUGUCCUGUGCAGCCUCCUCCUUGCCAGUCAGCGCCUUCCAUGCUAAAACAGGCAGCAAAGACAGCAGCACUCAGACUGACAAAAGCUCUGAGCUUUUCUGGCCAAACACUGCCUCUUUCCCAGGCAGGGGAAGGCUAAGCACCACCCCUUUGAACAGCCCUGCCCUGAGACACACAGGACCCAGAGGCGCUAGAGAUAAACUGGAGAACUCCCCCAGCCAUGGGAAGCUGUCGGAUAGCAAAGGCCGAGUAAGCAGUUUGGUCCACAAGCCUGAAUUUCCUGAUGCCGACAUGAUGGAAGUCCUCAUCUGAGGAAAGUGUGACCUUCCUCAGGAUUUUGUGCAGAUACAGUCAAGUCCAGGGAGGCCAAUGUUGUGCAAAUCUUAAAAACUAAAUAUACAAGUUUGAAGAAAGUCUGAGCAAGACUGAGUCUGGAAGGAGCCUAGAGGCUGAGAUGAAUAAGACUUUGAAUUACAGAGGGAAAAGAAAGAGACAUAAGCAUGAAAUGAAGGAUGCUGAAGGUGCACAUGAAUGGCCGGAAUAUUCUGACAACAGAAGGUGAUAAAGAAACAUGGAUUCACAAAGAGAUAGUAAAGGAAAUAGGAACUGCAUUUUCUAUUGUAGCGAAAAGGUAUCUUUUUACCAUUUACAACAGUGUUCUAUAAUGCUGUUCUGUGUUACUCUCUAGCUACAACCAAGACGGAGACUGAAAUCCUGGCUCUGUUGAAGUCAGCAGGAGUUUGUGAAUUGUCCAGGAGGCGUUUAAACUUUUCUCAAAUGAAGUCAUUAUUCAUAAUUGUUUACCAGAUUAUUUUAGCGAAAAAUUCUUGGUCUGUAGAUUGUGCACAAAGCAGUUUGUUUUAAAUAUUUGUUUCAAACCAGGUUGGUUUGUUUUGAUUGGAUAUAUAGGUCUUUCCUGAUUGGAUGGGUGCUACUCUUGGGAUCAGGUUUCCAAAGCAAAUACUCAUGUUUUGCAAAUUCUAAAUUUGCUCAAAAUUCAUUGUUGCCAUGAGCAUUUCUUUGCUAGAAUUUGCAUAGAAGAUGCGUGUAAAAGGGGCAUAAACCCUAUCAAAGCAAUCUCUUUUACAAUUUUGGUAACUAUUCAGGGGGAACUGUUGAGCGUAUUCCCUCAGCUCUAAUGCGUAAAACACACACACAAAGCUGUGUAAGCAGCAAAUUGUACAUACAUUCAAGCGCUAAAAGUUUUUACUCGUGAGGGCUUGGAGACAAUGGGCAUUCAGGAUGCUCAGCACCUCAAAGGGAACAACAUGGUGCCACUGUAGAUGUAUUCUCUGGCUUAUUAAAAUACUUAAUAGUAUUAAUCAAAAUACUUAGUAUAGUAUUUUGCAGUAUCUGUCGAAACUGCUUCAGCAUUGUCAGUGGGGCAAAUUGUACCCUCCAGUUGUAACUGAGGGUGAAUUUGAACAUGUACUGGCAGGCAGAGUUUCAGGCCAGGGUCACUACAGUUUGAG